CCUGGGCGGCGGGGCCCCCGGCGAGGGUCGGGCCGGGAAGGGCCGCGCGGCUCUGCCUGCUCCCCGUCGGCGGCCGGCCGGGCCAGGAGGAUGCGCGGCGCCGGGCUCUGAAGCAUGGAGGGGGUUCUGUACAAGUGGACCAACUAUCUCACAGGUUGGCAGCCUCGUUGGUUCGUUCUAGAUAACGGAAUCCUGUCUUACUAUGAUUCACAAGAUGAUGUUUGCAAAGGAAGCAAAGGAAGUAUUAAGAUGGCAGUUUGUGAAAUUAAAGUUCACUCAGCAGACAACACAAGGCUGGAACUAAUCAUCCCAGGAGAGCAGCAUUUCUACAUGAGGGCAGUGAAUGCAGCCGAGAGACAGAGGUGGCUGGUUGCUCUGGGCAGCUCCAAGGCCUGUUUGACUGAUACUAGGACUAAAAAGGAAAAAGAAAUAAAUGAAACUAGUGAAUCUUUGAAAACCAAAAUGUCUGAACUUCGUCUCUACUGUGACCUCUUAAUGCAGCAAGUUCAUACAAUCCAAGAGUUUGUUCACCAUGACGAGAAUCAUUCACCUCCCAGCAUAGAGAACAUGAAUGAAGCCUCUUCUCUGCUGAGUGCCACAUGUAAUACCUUCAUCACAACCCUCGAGGAGUGUGUGAAGAUAGCAAACGCCAAGUUUAAGCCCGAGAUGUUUCAGCUCACCCAUCCAGAUCCCCUAGUUUCUCCCGUGUCACCUUCUCCUGUCCAAAUGGUUGGAACUUCUUGUUUUUCUUCCAUUGAUAGUAUCUUUUUUUUAAAGAUGAAGCGUUCUGUCAGUCACCCUGGUUCUUGCAGUUCAGAGAGGACUAGUCACCCUAUGAAAGAACCAGUGCCUACAUUUUACCGGUUCUCACAGAGACGACGAAGAACCUACUCAGACACAGACACCUGUAAUGAUAUUCCUCUUGAAGAUCCAGAUCGACCUGUUCACUGUUCAAGAAGUACACUCAAUGGAGAUUUGGCACCAGUGACCAUUCCUGAAGAAAGCAAACUUACGGCCAAAAAAACAUCUGAAUCAGAAGAUCUUCUUCCAUCCUUCCCUUCCUAAGGAAAUGGAAGAGUCUGACUUCCUUCAAGUAUUGCUAUGCAAAGGCUGCUGUAAUUAAACUUGUUAUAGGGAGUAGCUUUUCCUUUAGGGUUUCUCUGCACUUUAUAGAGUAUUAUAAAACAAACAAACAAAUGGAAAAAAAAAACAACCCACAUAACUUUGAAGUGUAUUUUAUCUUUAUAUAGUUUAUUUGCAAGAGUAUUUUCCUAAUAACUUCACAGUAUGAAUGUGCAUCUUUUUUUUUAAACAAAUGAUGGUGUAACAUUUUGGCAUCCACAAGACAAAUGUAGAUAUUUUUCUAGAAAAAAAAAAAGAAAAAGAAAAAGAAAAAAAAAAGACUGUGAAGGACCGACAACUUUGUCAGUCUGCUUUGUAGGUUAUAAACACAAGGUUUCAGUUUGAUAGAAACGUGAUAUAUGUAACCUGUGCCAUGGACCAAAUGGUCUCCUAAGUCCAGAUAAAAAUGAUUCAUGAUGGCGACUCGAUGGCGCUUGCAUUGUAUUUCUUUGAGAGAGCAGGAGACACUUAGUAUAGCCAAAUUCCAUGACAUACAAAGGAUUUUUUCAAAGAGCCAGAUUGUGCUGUCCUUCAUAUGUGAAGCUGACACUACUAAUUUGUCAAUACCAAAUGUUGGGUUAAAGUAUUUAAUCUUAUUUAUUUAUUUUUUUCUGUUCAUCAACAAAUGGUUGCACCCUGACUUUUAUGACCUCCCAAACUUAAGGUGUGUUCACAUUGUCACUUACAUGGUUUUACAGAACAGGUUCAUGCUCACUUACACCAGAGAAAUAAACAACUUUCAAUGGAAAAGGAUUUUAGUGGUUUUUUUUUUGUUGUUUCUUCCCAAAAUAGACAAUAAACUGAUAUCAGGUGUUCAUGUUUGCAAUCCUCUACAAGAUCUAGAGACACUUUAUGAGUAUUUAUACAAAGAAGGAAUUCUGUCUAGCUGAUUGCACUUGAGGAGGGCAUUAUUUCAGUGGCAAAUCGCAUUGGGGGGGUAUCCAUACCUGUUCCCAGGGUUGUCUUAUUUACUGUUUUCUUCAUUCACUUUGGAGUGACAGUUUUGUCCAAAGUCUUGAAUGAUGAGCAUUUGAAAACAAACUGGUUUGAUGUUUUAAAGUCAAUCCUACAUUUAAUAAAUUUAUUGUUUUUGUAUUCCAA